ACCUUGGUGCUCCUGAGGACGAGGUGAGUAACCUUGGUGUUCCUGAGGACGAGGUGAGUAACCAUGGUGUUCCUGAGGACGAGGUGAGUAACCAUGGUGUUCCUGAAGACGAGGUGAGUAACCUUGGUGUUCCUGAGGACGAGGUGAGUAACCUUGGUGUUCCUGAGGACGAGGUGAGUAACCAUGGUGUUCCUGAAGACGAGGUGAGUGACCUUGGUGUUCCUGAGGACGAGGUGAGUGACCUUGGUGUUCCUGAGGACGAAGUGAGUGACCUUGGUGUUCCUGAGGACGAAGUGAGUGACCUUGGUGUUCCUGAGGACGAGGUGAGUGACCUUGGUGUUCCUGAGGACGAGGUGAGUAACCAUGGUGUUCCUGAGGACGAGCGAAGUCUCCUCUUUGACUCAAUGGCCGCCUUCUUUAACACUGAAUUAGAAAAGAAGAACCGAUGCCCGUUUGACAUGGAUACCUUUGAAGGGUACAUAGCAAUGGACACAGAAAAUUAUGGCAGUGGGACACAUGAGCUGCAUGAAGGCCUUGUAUUGAAGACAGAUGGGGUGGUUGAUGAACCAGAGAUUCCAUCCCUUAAGCCCGCUGUGACAGCCUCUCUGAAGUCUUACAGGGCUCUCUCCAAUACGAUCAUGACCGCGCUAUCCCUCAGCCUAGGUAAGGACCCCGACUACCUUGCCUCAUUACAUAAAGACAGGGGGACUGCCAACUCUAGCACAAGUAUGCGGGUCAACUAUUAUCCCCCUGUUCCCUCCACUGUUGCUGAAGGUACCACUCGUUUUGGCGCCCAUCGAGAUUAUAGCACCCUAUCCUUCAUCGUUCAGGACAACACAGGCGGCCUCCAGGUUCAAGACACUGAAGGGUCGUGGCUUGACGUUAACCCCAUCCCCGGUACCAUCAUUCUAUUAGCAGGAGAAUUCUUCGUUUCCUACUCUGGAGACAAGUUCAUCGCCCCGUUGCACAGAGUUAUAAUUUCCGCCGAGGAGUUACAGCGGAGUGUGCCCAGGAUCACAACCAAUUACUUUGUCCACGCAGACCACCAAGUCCCUUUUAAGCUUCUAGACAGUUCCUCCACCGAGAAAUCUAUGACUGUCAAAGAAUACCUCUCUUCAAGAAUAAUGCAAGCCCUCAACAAGUCCACAAAGGAAUGAACGAAAAGGACACGUUGCUCUUGCAUAGACAGUUGAUUUUUUUUCCUCGGGAUUUUCAAACAACAUAAACUGUAUAUGUGGGAACUAAGCAAAAUAAAUUAACUAAGUAAAUUACUGCUAUGUGAAUUUUAAGAUAAGGAGCUGAAAAGAAUAACAACAUUUUCAGGCAUUGUAUUGUAAUGAAAUACUAAGCAUAGUUACUUAUACAGUUAUGUUAAUUUGUGUUACCCUGUUUAAUUAAUCGUCUGUACUAAUAAUAAUGUCUUCAUAUGAUCAGCUUUCUCUGGGCGUUUUGGAUUAAUUUGCCUUACUUCCUGAAGCCACUGACAAGUUCAUAAGCCAGUACUGGAGGUCACUUUACGAGUAUUUUAUAAUUUGUAUGAUAAAUCAAAAUACAGUAUUGGAAUUAUAAUGAAUUUAUGUGGGGAUAUAUUGUACUGAGUAAUAUAUAUUUGAAGUUAAUGAUAUUUCGGUGAUUAGUGAUAAAUGUUGAAUUAUAUUGUUAUAUACCACUACAGAUACUAGUGAUUCUCCAGUUUAAUUAUUUCACUUCACUGUACUACAAUAUUGGGAAUUGUACUGUAAAAUAUACUUAAGAUAAU